AUGGUUGCUUCGCGGCAUUCAGUUCAGUGUAAGUGUGCUACAGUGUAUGAUGAUGAUGCUGGACUCGCUUUGCAAAUUUUUUUAUUAUGUGUCGGUCCUUUUAUAAUCGACGCAAAUAUUUUAACGAAGGCACAAUUUCGAAAUGAAAAGUACUAUCAUACUCCGACUAAACUAUCGAGAAAGCAGAUAGUGAAAUUGUCAGAUCUGUCAAAUGUCGAUCACAUGGACAAAGUUUUAGAUAACAUAUGCGUAGUGAGAAUCGUCGGCACACCGGAACAUACGAGGGUAAAAAAUUACAUAAAGAGGUCAAUGGAAGAUCUUGGUUGGACUGUGGAAUCUGAUAGGUUCAAAGAUCAAACUCCUACCUUUGGAACCUUAGAGUUUGAAAAUAUAAUUGCAAAAUUAAAUCCGAAUGCAAAAAGGUAUUUGGCAUUGGCUUGCCAUUAUGACUCAAAAUAUACUAGGGAAAGGAAUUUUAUUGCUGCCACAGAUAGUGCAGUACCAUGUGCUCAAAUGAUUAACUUAGCUGAAGUUAUGAAGGAUAAAUUGAACUCUAUAAAAAAUAAUGACAUUAGUUUAAUGCUUAUAUUUUUUGAUGGAGAAGAAGCUUUUAGAGAAUGGGGUCCAAAAGAUUCCAUUUAUGGUGCAAGGCAUUUAGCCAAAACGUGGCACAAUAAUUAUACUACUUAUAAUCAGGGAGAAAAUAUUUCUGAACUGGAUAAGCUUGAUAUGCUAGUUCUACUAGACUUAAUUGGUGCACCAGAUCCAACAUUUUACAAUUACUUUAGUAACACAGAAAAAUGGUAUUCUUUAUUAAUAGCUAUUGAAAGUACAUUGGCUUCCUUAAACAAAUUUGAGUCAUAUUCCUAUGAACAACCUACACAAAAAUAUUUUCAACCAUAUUCUAUGGAAGCCAGUAUUGAAGAUGACCACAUUCCAUUUUUACACAGAGAUAUUCCCAUUUUACAUUUAGUACCAUACCCCUUCCCAAAGGUUUGGCAUAAACCGAGUGAUAAUCGUGAUAACAUCGAUUUAAAAACGACAGAAAAUAUUAAUAAAAUCCUGAGAAUUUUUGUAGCUUCCUAUUUAAAUAUUAAAGUUUAA